UUGUUCCUCUUCACAAUCACCUCACGUAAGAAAAAGAAAGAUACUCUAAAAAUUAGAUAGUAAUUAAAAAAAAAUGGCCACCAAUGGUGGUCGAGUUGAAGAGGAACCAACAACAUUAGUACCCUUAUUGAAUCAUACAUCUUCAAAUGUAAGCUUGGUCUCAAAAUCAUCCACCGACCAUGAACUUGAUCAAUCGCUUCAAAAGCGAUUUUUAGUAGAAUCAAAGAAACUAUGGCACAUAGUUGGCCCUGCCAUCUUCAGCCGAAUCGCUUCGUAUUCCAUGUUUGUCAUCACUCAAGCUUUUGCUGGUCAUCUUGGUGAUCUUGAACUUGCAGCCAUCUCCAUUGCCACCAGUGUCAUCGUUGGCUUCGACUUUGGCCUCUUGUUGGGGAUGGCAAGUGCUUUAGAAACAUUGUGUGGACAAGCAUAUGGAGCAAAAAACUAUCGAAUGUUAGGCAUAUAUCUACAACGUUCAUGGAUUGUACUAUUUCUAUGUUGUAUACUAAUUUUGCCCUUAUACAUAUUCGCCUCACCCGUACUAAAACUACUCGGACAACCCGCGGACAUAUCGGAACUUUCGGGCAUAGUCGCAAUGAGCUUCAUUCCACUUCAUUUUAGCCUAUGUUUUCAGUUCCCGUUACAAAGGUUUCUUCAAAGUCAACUUAAAACAUACGUCAUUGCUUGGGUGUCCUUAGGGGCGUUGAUUGUUCAUUCGAUUAUGAGUUGGCUUGUUGUGUCGCGGUUUCAAUUAGGACUUGUUGGGACCGUUGUCACGUUGAAUAUUUCGUGGUGGUUGAUCGUGUUCGGGUUGUUUGCUUAUACUGUUUUCGGUGGUUGCCCGGAUACUUGGACCGGAUUCUCGAUGGAAGCCUUUUCUGGACUUUGGGCCUUUGUCAAACUCUCGGCUGCUUCUGGUGUCAUGUUAUGUUUGGAGAAUUGGUACUACAGAAUAUUGAUAGUGAUGACAGGAAACUUGGAGAACGCAAAAAUUGCAGUAGAUGCUCUGUCCAUAUGCAUGUCGAUUAAUGGCUUCGAACUGAUGAUCCCUCUUGGAUUCUUUGCUGGAACCGGAGUUAGAGUUGCAAAUGAGUUAGGAGCAGGGAAUGGAAAAGGGGCUAGAUUUGCGACAAUAGUUUCAGUUACAACGUCUACAGUUAUAGGCCUCUUUUUCUGGCUCUUGAUCAUGUUGUUCCACAACGAGCUAGCGUUAAUUUUCACGACUAGUGAACCUGUUUUGGAGGCUGUAAGCAAGCUUUCGCUUCUCUUGGCCUUUACUAUCCUCUUGAAUAGUGUUCAACCCGUUCUUUCAGGUGUUGCGGUUGGAUCCGGAUGGCAAUCUUAUGUGGCAUACAUCAACAUAGGUUGCUACUAUCUGAUAGGACUCCCCAUUGGCUUCGCAAUGGGAUGGCUUUUCGAUCUUGGAGUCAUGGGUAUAUGGGCUGGCAUGAUUUUCGGAGGAACUGCAUUUCAAACAGUCGUGUUGGCUAUCAUUACAAGCCGUUGCGAUUGGGAAAAAGAGGCACAAAGAGCAAGUACACAUGUAAAGAAAUGGGCAGUUGUUCAUUGAAAAGACAAGUUCCUUAUCUCAAUUUGGUUUAACCAAAAUUUUGGUACCAAUGAAUUCUUUACUUGUAUUAAUAUAAUGUUCAUUAUUUAUGCUUUUUGGCAUCAUCACAUGUAAUCUUGAAAUGAUUGAAAAAAUUUCGUUGAAAAGAUGCGGCCUUUUCAUUUUUUGGUCA